AGCGGUGCUGCAGUCUCGAGGCUGGCCGCGAGAUUCACAGCGUGUCGAGUGACUGACUGUUAGCAAAAAGAGGAGGAAAGGAGCAGGCAGCUGGAGCGCUUGGCGGCUCUUUGUCCUCACAAAGAAAACGCCAGCCGGUGGGGGGCCAGGGCCGCCUCUCGGCGCAGUGGACUCUCGGAUACCAUUUGUGGAUUGAUCUACACAAUUAACUGAAUAUGUCAACACCAGAUCCCCCGAUGGGAGGGACCCCUCGGCCUGGCCCAUCCCCUGGACCGGGUCCUUCUCCUGGUGGUAUGAUGGGCCCUAGUCCUGGUCCCUCUCCAGGCUCAGCUCAUAGCAUGAUGGGACCAAGUCCAGGGCCACCAGCUGCAGGGCAUCCUCUUCCACCCCAGGGACCAUCUGGUUAUCCUCAGGAGAACAUGCACCAAAUGCACAAGCCAAUCGACGCCAUGCAUGAGAAAGCAAUGCCAGACGACCCACGCUAUGGACAGAUGAAAGGCAUGGGGAUGCGCCCUACAGGUCAUAGUGGCAUGGGUCCUCCUCCCAGCCCCAUGGACCAACAUUCGCAAGGUUAUCCUUCUCCACUUGGAGGUUCAGAACAUGCACCCAGCCCAGUACCUGCGAAUGGCCCACCAUCAGGACCUUUAAUGCCACCUGGUCCAGGAGGCGUGCCAUUGGAUAAUGCUGAUCCUCAGACUUUAGGACAGCAAAAUCGGGGAGGUCCAACACCUUUCAAUCAGAACCAGCUCCACCAGCUGCGAGCCCAGAUAAUGGCAUAUAAAAUGCUAGCCCGUGGGCAGCCCCUUCCUGAUCACCUACAGAUGGCAGUGCAGGGGAAAAGACCCAUGGCUGGGAUGCAGCAGCAGAUGCCAAGCCUACCUCCACCUUCUGGUCCCAGCGCUGGGCCGGGACAAGGUCCUGGUCCUGGCCCUGGUCCCGGACCUGGACCUGGUCCUGGCCCAGGCCCAGGCCCAGGCCCAGGUCCUACUCCUUCCAGCUACAAUAGGCCUCAUGCGGGUAUGGGUGGACCUAACAUGCCUCCACCUGGACCUUCAGGAGUUCCCCCAGGAAUGCAGGGACAGCCACCUAAUGGUCCGCCAAAACCAUGGCCUGAAGGACCCAUGGUAAAUGCUGCUGCCCCAACCAGCACACCCCAGAAGCUGAUUCCUCCUCAGCCAACUGGACGUCCCUCACCUGCACCACCUUCAGUGCCUCCUGCAGCCUCACCAGUCAUGCCCCCUCAGACUCAGUCACCUGGUCAGCCUACUCAACCUACACCCAUGGUACAGCUCCACCAGAAACAGAACCGCAUCACACCUAUCCAAAAACCACGUGGUCUGGACCCAGUGGAGAUUCUUCAGGAACGAGAGUACAGGCUGCAGGCUAGGAUUGCACACCGAAUACAAGAACUGGAAAAUCUUCCUGGCUCUCUUCCUGGAGACCUGAGGACCAAAGCCAAUAUUGAACUGAAAGCACUGAGACUACUGAACUUCCAGAGACAGCUUCGGCAGGAAGUUGUUGUCUGCAUGCGCAGGGACACAGCUUUGGAAACUGCACUGAAUGCUAAAGCUUACAAACGGAGCAAAAGGCAGUCUUUACGUGAGGCGCGAAUCACGGAAAAACUGGAGAAGCAACAGAAGAUUGAGCAGGAGCGUAAGCGCAGACAGAAGCAUCAGGAAUACCUCAAUAGCAUUCUUCAGCAUGCCAAGGAUUUCAAAGAGUAUCAUCGUUCAGUUACUGGAAAAAUCCAAAAACUCACCAAAGCUGUAGCUACAUACCAUGCCAACACAGAACGUGAACAGAAAAAGGAGAAUGAGAGGAUCGAGAAAGAGAGAAUGCGAAGGCUAAUGGCAGAGGAUGAAGAAGGCUACCGUAAGCUAAUUGAUCAAAAGAAAGACAAGCGCCUGGCUUACUUGUUACAGCAGACGGAUGAAUAUGUGGCUAAUCUGACAGAACUUGUUCGUGCUCAUAAAGCUGCCCAGGCCCUGAAGGAAAAGAAGAAGAAAAAGAAAAAGAAGAAGGUGGAAAGUGCUGAAGGCCAAACCCCCGCUCUUGGACCAGAUGGAGAGCCAUUAGAUGAGACCAGUCAGAUGAGUGACCUCCCUGUUAAGGUGAUCCAUGUUGAUAGUGGCAAGAUCCUAACUGGCGCUGAUGCUCCCAAGGCUGGCCAGUUAGAUGCCUGGCUGGAGAUGAAUCCUGGGUAUGAGGUGGCUCCUAGAUCUGACAGUGAGGAAAGUGGUUCAGAAGAGGAAGAGGAGGAAGAUGAAGAGCAACCUCAGCCCAGUCAGGCUGCAGUGGAAGAAUUGAAGAAGAUUCCAGAUCCCGAUAGUGAAGAUGUAUCAGAGGUGGAUGCCAGGCAUAUAAUUGAGAACGCUAAACAGGAUGUUGAUGAUGAGUAUGGCAGUCAGGCUUUUGCUAGGGGCCUGCAAUCUUACUACUCUGUCGCUCAUGCUGUUACUGAAAAAGUUGAGAAGCAGUCCAGCCUGCUAGUGAAUGGACAACUCAAACAGUACCAGAUCAAAGGUCUUGAGUGGCUAGUUUCUUUGUACAACAACAAUCUAAAUGGUAUUCUGGCUGACGAAAUGGGUUUGGGCAAGACCAUUCAGACAAUUGCUCUAAUCACAUACCUCAUGGAGUAUAAGCGAAUCAAUGGACCCUUUCUUAUUAUAGUACCUCUCUCAACUCUCUCAAACUGGGUAUAUGAAUUUGAUAAAUGGGCUCCUUCAGUUGUGAAGGUUUCCUACAAGGGUUCCCCAGCUGCCAGACGGGCCUUUGUACCUCAGCUCCGUAGUGGGAAGUUCAAUGUCCUGCUGACCACUUACGAAUAUAUUAUUAAGGACAAGCAGGUUCUUGCCAAAAUCCGAUGGAAGUACAUGAUCGUGGAUGAAGGCCAUCGCAUGAAGAAUCACCACUGCAAGCUUACACAGGUCCUCAACACGCACUACUUGGCUCCAAGGCGCAUUCUCUUAACUGGGACACCACUCCAGAACAAGUUGCCUGAACUUUGGGCUUUGCUGAACUUUUUGCUUCCUACCAUCUUUAAGAGCUGCAGCACUUUUGAGCAGUGGUUUAAUGCCCCCUUCGCAAUGACUGGAGAAAAGGUGGAUUUAAAUGAAGAAGAGACAAUACUGAUUAUCCGACGUCUCCACAAGGUGCUAAGGCCCUUCCUGUUGCGAAGACUUAAGAAAGAAGUUGAAGCACAACUGCCAGAGAAGGUGGAAUACGUUAUUAAGUGUGAUAUGUCGGCAUUACAGAGAGUGCUUUAUCGACACAUGCAGGCAAAGGGGGUCCUACUUACAGAUGGAUCUGAAAAAGACAAAAAGGGUAAAGGUGGUACAAAGACACUGAUGAACACUAUUAUGCAGCUGAGGAAGAUCUGCAACCACCCAUACAUGUUCCAGCACAUUGAGGAAUCCUUUUCAGAGCACUUAGGAUUUACUGGAGGCAUUGUGCAGGGACCAGAUCUGUACCGUGCUUCUGGCAAAUUUGAGCUGUUGGACCGAAUCCUUCCAAAGCUACGAGCUACCAAUCACAAGGUGCUACUUUUUUGUCAGAUGACCUCACUCAUGACAAUAAUGGAAGACUACUUUGCGUACCGCAACUUUAAAUACCUCAGGCUUGAUGGAACCACUAAAGCAGAAGACCGUGGCAUGCUACUGAAGGCUUUCAAUGACCCUGCUUCCCAGUAUUUUGUGUUCUUGCUCAGUACACGAGCUGGAGGUCUGGGUCUCAAUCUGCAGUCAGCUGAUACGGUCAUCAUUUUUGACAGUGACUGGAAUCCUCACCAGGAUUUGCAAGCCCAAGACAGAGCUCACCGCAUCGGUCAGCAGAAUGAGGUCCGCGUCUUACGUCUGUGCACAGUGAACAGUGUAGAAGAAAAGAUUUUGGCAGCUGCUAAGUACAAACUGAAUGUUGACCAGAAGGUGAUCCAGGCCGGCAUGUUUGAUCAGAAAUCCAGCAGUCACGAACGCCGUGCCUUCCUACAGGCCAUCUUGGAACAUGAGGAACAGGAUGAGGAGGAGGACGAGGUUCCUGAUGAUGAAACAGUGAACCAGAUGAUUGCCCGCAGUGAGGAGGAGUUUGACCAUUUCAUGCGUAUGGAUCUUGAUCGACGCCGUGAGGAAGCCCGAAAUCCAAAACGCAAGCCACGCCUUAUGGAGGAGGAUGAGCUACCAACCUGGAUCAUGAAAGAUGAUGCUGAGGUAGAGCGGCUCACAUGUGAAGAGGAGGAAGAGAAGAUGUUUGGACGUGGUUCCCGCCAGCGCAAGGAGGUGGACUACAGUGACUCUCUUACAGAGAAACAGUGGCUUAAAGCUAUUGAAGAAGGUACCUUAGAAGAGAUUGAGGAGGAGGUGCGGCAGAAGAAAACUACCCGUAAACGGAAACGCGACAUAGACAUCACUGCCCCUUCCACCCCUACAACAAGCACCCGUAGCCGUGAGAAAGAUGAUGAAAAUAAGAAACAGAAGAAGCGUGGCCGUCCACCUGCUGAGAAGCUUUCCCCCAAUCCACCCAACCUUACCAAGAAGAUGAAGAAAAUUGUGGAUGCAGUCAUUAAAUAUAAGGACAGUAGCAGUGGACGACAGCUGAGUGAAGUCUUUAUCCAGUUACCUUCACGUAAGGAGCUGCCAGAAUAUUAUGAACUAAUUCGCAAGCCUGUAGACUUUAAAAAGAUCAAAGAACGCAUCAGGAACCAUAAAUAUCGUAGUCUUAAUGACCUUGAGAAGGAUGUCAUGCUGCUGUGCCAGAAUGCUCAAACCUUCAACUUGGAGGGCUCCUUGAUCUAUGAAGACUCCAUAGUACUUCAGUCAGUGUUCACAAGUGUGCGACAAAAGAUUGAAAAAGAAGAAGAGAGUGAAGGGGAAGAAAGUGAGGAAGAGGAAGAAGGCGAAGAUGAAGGGUCAGAGUCUGAAUCUCGUUCGGUGAAAGUGAAGAUCAAGUUAAGCCGCAAAGAGAAGAGUCAGGAGAGAGGAAAAGGCCGUCGAAGACCAAGCCGUGCAUCCAGAGCAAAACCUGUAGUCAGUGAUGAUGACAGUGAGGAAGAGCAAGAGGAGGAGCGGUCUGCAACCGGCAGUGAAGAAGACUGAAGCAUAUGAAGGAACCAUUCUGAAAACAGGCUUCACAAAACUCUUGUAUUUCAAAGAAACUGAGUAGUGAACAAUAGCAUUUUUUUAGAUAUUGUAUGAAUUAAAAAAAAAAUAAAUAAAACUUCCAUAUUUAUACAAAUCCGUAUGCGAAAUUGGACCAAUUUAAUGUCUUGCUUUGUCUAGAAACGGGUACUGCUUAAUCUGGCAUUGCCUGUACAAGAAAAGUAAUGAACUGCAACUACAGAAAAGGUGUUAAAUUUAUUUUGGUUGGAUUUUAAUUUUGAUGGUUUUGUUUCCAUAGCAGUACUGUACGUCAGAUGCAAUAAACGAGUUUGUGUAACUCAGCUGUGAAUGAUGUGUGCGUGUGUAGAGAUGCACUCCUAGUACUGUUGUGUAUUUUAAUAAAAGCAGGUCAUCCUCUCAUCUUUCCUUUUUUUAUGAAAGGAUAGGGGUGCCUUUUAUGUUUUUUAUUUUUUCCUUUUCCUGUUUUGUUUUUGUCAGCGUCACUGGAGCACAAAAAAGGCAUUAAAGAAAUCUUACAACUAGAA